AUGGCUGUCUUCAAAAAUCUGAAAGAAGCUGCCAAGAUUGGAAAAACAGGAUUUAUUCCUCCAUUGGAAGCUGUUGGUGAUGCAAAGAUGCUUGCUACUGGAUUGGGAAAAGACUAUGGUGAUGUCCCAAAAAGCAUGGAGCAAGAAGACACCAGAGAAAACCCAAGGGAAAGUCAGCAGCUCAGCCUCCUGGAGAAGAGCCAGAAGAACCUGGUCCUACAUGAUAAAGAUCUUGAAAAACCCCUAGACAUUCUUCAGAAUCCCUGUAUCCCUGAGAAAUGCUACCAGGACAGCAGUGGGGAAGCUUACUCUUUCUCCCAAAAAACUUACACAUGUCAAAAGUGUGGGAAGGAUUUCAGCUGGCAUUCUCACCUUGUGACCCACCAGCGUAUUCACACAGGUGAGAAGCCCUAUACAUGUAUAGACUGUGGUAAGUGCUUCAGUCGAAGCUCCCACCUCAUCCAGCACCAGAUCAUCCACACUGGUGAGAAGCCCUUUACCUGCCCUGUCUGCUGGAAAAGCUUUAGCCAUCACUCAACACUGAUACAGCACCAGAGCAUCCACACUGGUGAGAAGCCUUAUGUGUGUGACCGGUGUGCCAAAUGCUUCACCCGUCGCUCAGAUUUGGUGACCCACCAGGGUACCCACACAGGUGCCAAGCCUCACAGAUGCCCAGAAUGCAACAAGUGUUUCACUCAGAGCUCAGCUCUUGUCACCCACCAACGUACCCACACAGGAGUCAAGCCCUAUCCCUGUCCUGAGUGUGGCAAGCACUUCAGCCAGCGCUCCAACCUCAUUGCUCACCAGCGUACCCACACGGGUGAGAAACCCUACUCUUGUAGUGACUGUGGCAAGAGCUUCAGCCAUAGCUCUCAUCUCACUGCUCACCAGCGAACUCAUCGUGGUGUCCAACCCUACCCCUGUCCUCUGUGUGGCAAGAACUUCAGCCGUCGUUCUAACCUUCUUCGUCAUCAGAAAAUUCACACUGGCCCCAAGGCCCUGGCUGUGCUGAUGUUGGGGGCAGCAGGGACUCAGAGGACCAGCCCCCACCUUCCUCCUAUCUAAAAGGCAUGGAGAUGAGGAUAUGAAAUCCAAAGAAAGUGCCACUGAGCCUAGUCUCAAGAUAGGCUUAAUCCCAGGACCAGGGACACUGAGAGAAGACAGAUGAAAAAGAAGACAAGGAAUAGAAGUCAGAAAGGGAGAGGGGGUAUAUUAUGCAGAUAAGUUUGGGAGUUGACAGGGGCAGGGUUGGGGAUUGAAAUGUGGGAGGAGGUAGGGACUUCAAAGAGCAAGCACUUCUUCUGAUUAAAGGUCUUUGAAACUAGG